AUGGCACCCCUAACCCCCCACUGGCCACAGCCCUCCCACUCCAGCAUCCAAACCGUCAUCCUGCCCUCCAACCCGGAAGAUUUCACCACCAAGUCGCUCUCCAAGAUCUCGCUCCCGCCCUUCGGGCUCUUCGCUAAGCUCGAGUUCCCGCCUUGCACGAAGGCGGAUAGCCCGACGUACGCAACGGUGCAGAUGGGUGAGAAGGAGCACUUGAAUCUGAACAGCGAUUUGGUGUAUAUCAACCAUGGCUGUGAGCCGAGCUUGACAUUCGACCUCUCCCGUAUGGGCAUCUUUGCCGGACCCGGCGGCCUCUCCCCCGGCGACGAACUGACCUUCUUCUACCCGUCUACCGAAUGGGAUAUGGCACAGGGCUUCGACUGCUUUUGCGGCGCCAAGACGUGCCGCGGCUUCAUCUCCGGGGCGAAGAACAUGAGCGAGGAGCAGUUGAGCGGGUUGUGGUUGAACCCACACAUCCGCUCCCUGCGGGAAAAACACUCGUCUUCCACCUCAGGAAGCAGCAGCUCGCCAUUGCCCCUCGUCGCCAGCGGAGACGGAAAUGCAAGCAACGAGAAAGAGGGUGCGGCCAGACGAGGUGUCACCAAUCGCGAGAUGAGCGGCGAGAUGGGCGGGGAUACGAAAUAG